UGGGCUGGGCCGGGGCGGGGAGAGGGGCCGGGCCGCCCUCAGCGCCCGCCCCUCCAGCUGCAGGGCCGGGCUCGGUUCCCGCUCGUCAUGGCGGCCGCGCGGGCGUUGGGCAGCCUGCCGCUGGGGCCGGGAUUGCGGGCCAAGCUGGCGGCGGCCGGGCUGGAGACGGCCCAGGAGGUGCUGGAGGCCGCCUCGGCCGGGCCCUGCGCCCUCAGCCGAGAAAUUGGAGUUUCUAAGGAGGAGGCCUUAGAAAUCUUGCAAGUCCUGAGACGCGGCGAUGGAGCCGGGCCUGCUGGGGCGCCGGCCCGGAAGUGUACGGCGCUGGAGCUCUUGGAAGAGGAGCAGGGGCGGUGCGCCAUCGUCACCUUCUGCUCUGCGGUGGACGGGAUCCUGGGAGGGGGCGUGCAGCUGACCAAGAUUACCGAGAUUUGUGGGGCGCCAGGGGUUGGCAAGACGCAGUUAUGCAUGCAGCUGGCAGUGGAUGUGCAGAUCCCAGAAUGUUUGGGCGGCCUGGCCGGAGAAGCGGUCUUCAUCGAUACAGAGGGGAGCUUUAUGGUCGACCGUGUGGUGGAUAUAGCUGCGGCCUGCAUCCAGCAUUGCCAGCUGGUUGCCAAAAUGCACCCAGAGGAAGAGCAUCACGCAGCCCUGCAGACCUUCUCCCUGGAAGAGAUCCUUUCCCGUAUCUACUACUUCCGUUGCCACGACCAUGUGGAGCUGCUGGCCCAGCUCUACCUGCUCCCCAGCUUCCUCUCCGAGCAUUCGAAGGUCCGCUUGGUUGUGCUCGACAGCGUCGCCUUCCCUUUCCGCCACGGCUUUGAGGAUUUCUCCCUGCGAACGCGGCUCUUGAACGGCAUGGCCCAGCAGCUGAUCAGCAUCGCAAACAGCCACACACUGGCAGUAGUUCUGACCAAUCAGAUGACGACGAGAAUUGGGCAGGCGGGCUCCUCCUCGCUGGUUCCCGCUUUAGGGGAAAGCUGGGGCCACGCCGCCACCACCCGCAUGGUCCUGCACUGGGAGAAGAGGCAGAGGUUUGCAACGCUGUUUAAGUCGCCGAGUCAAAAGGAGGCCACGGUCCCAUUUUGCAUUACACCUCAUGGAUUCCGAGACGUCCAGCUUCCGCUCUCAAGCAUGUCACCAGCAGAAAACGAGACAAACCCCCGUAAACGGCCCCGGGUAGAACCAUAAUCCAGACGAAGAACUUCUCACAGCUGCUCUUUUUUCAGAAUGUUUUCACUGUUGAUGGACUUCAGAAUAAGACUGGGGAGGUUAUUUAACAGGCAUACAAGAAACAUGGUGCUUUUAUCUUCCUCUCUUCCCCCGUCCCCAGCUACCCCUUGUGAUCUUUUUCUAUUCCAAUAAAGGCUGAAGAUUAUGCCUACA